AUUUUAUUCAGAUGACAUCUUAUACUAAGAAGAAGUCUACAACCUCAUGUGUAACUACCCAUUAAGAUUCAACUGCGUGGAUAUCAGCACAGCAUUAAGGCACUCUGGUCGAAGACGCAACUCAUGGCCGUCUCAAGUCUUUGCUGAUAUGUCAUGAAAGAACGACCAUAACCCGAGGUUCCGAACUCUCCCCUCCACCGCCUGUGUAGACUCAUUUCCAAAUGGAUCAAGAACGAUUCCCUGGCUGGAAUGCUCCCAGAAAUGAUCCUAGGAAUGACCUGCAAGGCCUGGCUGGUGGCUACGAAACUCCUUCCUCCAACCCUGAAAUCAACACAACUGCUUGGAGCGAACAGAACCAUGUUGCAUCUCCUACGCCGUCAUCUCAGUACAUUGCGGAAACAUCAGCUUCAGGCAUUGUCAGAUCACCACUCCAGCAAGCCACAAAUAGUGCACCAACCUCUCGACCUCUUUCACAGCGGAGAGCAGCGUCUGCAAGCCAGGUCUCGGCUCUGAACUAUGCAGACCCAGGACUUUCCACAGCCUCAUUUGAAGCCCCUCUACGGUCUAUCUUCGUGUCGGGUCCACCAACGGCUUCCAUAUCAGCCAACACUGCCUUGGCCUCGCUCAGUGCUGGAGUCUCCUCCAGUACUUCUGGAUCAUUUGCUGCUCUUACCCACGCCGGUGGCAGUCGACGCAACCAUGUGCGGAUAGGAGAUCUCACGCCGUCUCAAUCUCCAGCCGCGGCGAGUAGCCGGCAGCCGUUGAUUGACCCGGAGAAAGACGUCGACGAUCCCACGACAAGUGCGACCAGCAACGCUUACGAUGUUGCUGCGGGAAACACUUCGGCGGCUCUCUCUCGCCUGUUUGUCACGAGUGAUGUGGUAACUCCUAGUCUAUCUCGUGGACCCUCGCACAUGCGAACUCUGUCCAGUGUCGACCGUAGUUUGGCCGACAGGUCAACAUUGACAGGACAUCUUUUCCAUUACGGUUUCGAGGAAGGUCGUCACUCGGAUAUCACAAUAUACGCCUUUGGUCAGGCAUACAGGCUUCACAAGCUGCUGCUCGAUCGUGUUCCAUUCUUCGCAUCCGCAUUCUCAGGCUCGUGGGCAGAAAGCACUGCCAAAGAAAUGAGAAUUCUGCCAGAGGAUAUAGAUUCUAAUAUCACCAAGAAAGCUUUCGAGCUUGCCUUGAAGAGGAUUUAUGGGACUCAAAUUCCGAUGCAGGAGGAGGGCGAAGCCAUUGGACUGUUUGCAACAGCCUGUUGGCUCGACAUGCCUGAUCUCGUGGAUUCUUGCGUCGAUUCCAUUCUUCGGCAGAUGCAUCCUUCCAACCUGCAUAGUCUGAUCAAACUCGUGACUAACAACUAUUACGGCAAGGCUGGGGAUCGCAUACUGGCUUCUGCCAAGGCCAUGCUUUGCAGAGAAGGCUGGGAGAUGCCGUAUGAGUAUUGGGACGAGAUCCCCGCGGAGAUCAUCCGUGAGAUCGUCGGCGGCGAUCCUUUCUUUAUCCCUGGAGAAUGGGAUCGCUGGUACCUCGCGGUGAAAGUCUUGAAUCGCCGACUCAGAGCGAAGGCUGUGGAAGGUGGCCUUGUGUCGCCUGGAGGACGCUAUCUUCAUCCGAAACCUGGCAGUCUGCGGUUUUUCGCCGUGAGGUUCGAUGCACCCUACAGAAUAGCCGGCCAGAAUCGUUAUGUUUCGGAAAAAGACGAGCCGUGGAUUGCACUGUACACAGCACCGGAAAUUGCACCUUUGCUGGUGCUGCUGGAUGAAGGUAUUCACUAUGUGCAUUUGCGGUUUGAACAGUUGCAGCAGAUUCGCUCGCAUCGAGACAUCCUGGGAGUGCCCAUUCUCCCAGAAAAGGUGAUUUCUGACGCAUUGUGGAUGUCGAUGGAACUUCGUCAAAAAGUGCUCAAUGCAAAACCAGGCGAGGUCGAGCUUGGAUUGAGUGAGAUUGCCGAAGAAUAUUACGAAGAAGAUGAACCUGCUGCGGAACAACUCACGCAGUCCAGUAAAGGGAAAUCUCGGGAGCAAGAAUCCCGGAGCGCGGAUGAAAGUGGCCAGGACAUGGAAUCCGGUUCAUGGGACGGCAACGGCAAGGCUCGAAAGUUCUGGAUUCCUAGCAACGACGUGUCCUGCGUCAUGGGUGGGACACGCGAAGCAUGCGGAGCUUUGAACUCCACCAGUGGUGCAGAAUGGACUACACAUGCAGCCAGAUUAUCCGCAAGUCUGGAGCCGACGGAUGUUGCGUGGGCUCUCGACUUCAACACCGGAAACGUGGUUGAGAGUGGGAGACCACCAUCGAGAAGCUAUUCACCAGAGUCGGCUCCACAUUACAGCUACUAUCCACCUUUCCGCUUCUCAGCUGAAUUCCCAAACCCGAGGUCUCUUAAGGAAAAGAAGCGUGUGUACUCACAGACCGUAUGGUAUGCCGGUUCCAUGUGGAAUCUGUACAUCCAAAGGGUCAACAACCCCAAAAAUCAGCAGCUUGGUAUUUACCUGCACCGUGCCAAAGAUAAGGAUCCGAAUGAGGACCCCCUUGCCCAGUUCAUCCCUGCUACAGUCGACGACCGCAUCGGUCAACUCGAACGGGAAAUGCUUCUUCGGAAGAACGAGCGUCGAAAUCAAAGCUGGCGGGCAAACGAAGCUGCCCGAGCGUCGCUGGUGGAACGGGACGAAGACACUGCUUCGACCGACUUUGACUCGGCAAACCUUCGUGCCAAUGACGGAGAAACUCAGUCGUCGAUUCGUGGGGCAGGUGCAUCAGCAGCUAUGUUCAAGACAUCGCAAAGUCCUAGUACCGCGGGCGCAAAUACUGGCGAAUACUUUCCACCUGGGGCACAGAUGCUGGACGAAGACGAGGAAGACGAGGAUUUGAUACGGCGAAACCGCAAAUACAACGUCUCCGCUAUGCCACCUUAUAUGGAUACUCGGCCCACCAUCAGGACCUACUUCAAGAUAUACUCGCCGAGCAAGGCGGGUCGACUCCUCAGUAUCUAUGAGAGCGCGCCUGAUAAGUUCGACGUGAGCAAGAGUUGGGGGUGGAAGAGCAGCCAGAUGCAGCUCGAUGAUGGUAUGGGUGGGUACGAUGUCACGAAGACCAGCAAAGAAGGCAAAUUGAGAUAUAUGGUGGUUAUCGGGAAUAUUUGAGUACCUGCUGUACUUUGCUGCUGUUCAAAACAUUUGGGUUGGGCCGAUGAUAUUCCUAGCUCGACACUUUGCCCCAUGAGAUAUGAUCGUUCCACAUGCAUGAGCAGCAAUUGAAGUAUAAUGAUUUACGAU